AUUAUUUUUAUUCAAACUGUUAAAAAUCUGUCUCGUUGAGGUCGUAGCAAAAAAAUUCGUUUUUAUUUGUUCGAUCUUUCUAUAGUAGAGUGGCAUUUUUAGUUAAUUUAUAACAUCUCAUCAUUUGAAUUUUUAAUAGUUCGAAAGAUGUCUCAAGAAGUUUGUUUAGGUAUUCUAAAUGAAAUAUCACCUGCAUUUCGCCCGUACAUACAAUGUGUUUAUCAAGAUUUAAAACUCGGUUUGUGUAAAACCAAGGUAGACAUCGAAAGAAUAUCUGGUGGCUUAGACAGCGCGGAAAGUCAGUUUCGUUUGAUCUUGCCAUAUUGCUCCAAGAAAUUGAAAUGGGAAGUUAUUUUUGAUUCAACUGCACCUUGGUUUGCUCCUGACUUCAGAUUUGAUGAUGAAAGUUUCCUGAGUAAUGUUGAUGAAGAAUUCUUAGAAAGUAGACUGCCAAGUUUAUCAAACUGGAAAGAAAGUGAUCCCAGAGCAUUAAGCGAUGUUAUUUCAGAGAUGAUUAAUUUAUACAAAAUACACCAGAUCAAGAAGUUAAAUGAAGAUGAAAGUUCUAGAGCUUAUUUUGAAUACAGUGCCUUACUUGGAGAUGCACUGACUUCCGAAAAGGACAUAGAGGUGUGGGUCGGUGGACAUGUGGUUGAGUUCCUGAUAAAACUCAAUGUUGAUACAUCCCGGCUUCCUGAACUGUAUUAUGAAGGAACUGAUCAAAAUCCAGGUAUUGAUACUGCUCUCCUUUUAGUAAGGUACCCUAAUUCAACAAAUGCUGAAUUAAUUCUAUCACCAUUGCUCACUAAAUCACUUGGGAAUAUAUCAUUGCCAGUAAUGCAUCAGUCAGGAGUUCUUAUGGAUUAUGUCCCAAUGGUCACUGAACUACUCAAUAAUAAGAUACAAGAUGUGUUGAACAAUGAAAAACUUAAAAGAGAACUGCUUGCUCAACUCAUUGUAAAAUAUGAAGGAGCUGUGCUUGAGCAUGAUGCAAAUAAUGCAGCAUUCCUGUUUGAGAUGAAUGAUUUUCAUUGGAUUUUACAAAUUGAUUUAGGUGUGAAAUUUCCUGAAAAGCCUCCAAUACUCACUCUGAGGUCUGUUUAUCAUAGUAUCAAAGGAAAACCAAAAUUCAAAGUUUUACCAGCAUGUCCUUACAAAAACUUUGAGGGCUACAUUGAACAACAAGUGGUAAUUUUCAAAAAUGAGUGCCAAGGACACAAUUUAUCAAAUAACCAGCUAGUGAACUUGGAUAAUAAUUAAAUUAGAUAAUAAUAAUAAUGUACUUACCUCUACUUAUAAGUGACAUAAGUUUAAGAAUUAAAACAUCAUAAUUAAUUUAA